AUGAAAAAGAUUAAUGAUAAUAAGAGUUCUGGCGGAAGAGUUGAAUUAGAAGUGAAUGAUGUUAAUGAGAAAUUAGCCGAAAAAGCAGACAAAAAUGAGCUUUUAGCUCUGAGUGAUAAAGUCAAGAACCACGUUCAUUAUAUAAGUUCAGACGAACAGAUUAUAACGGACUACCAUGGAUAUUUAACACGAAGUGAUGAAGUGAAGACGGAAGACCCCAAUGAAAGAAGAUAUAAAUACAUUCGUGCUAAAGGUUAUGACAUAAGCUGUACUGUACAGUAUGACACGGGUAAAGCACCAGAAGCAUUUAGUUAUAACGAUGAAAUUUAUGCCUCUACUUUCUCUGUUAAAGGUGUAUUAGUUGAACCAAGAUUUACUUUGAGAGUUAAGUCAAAAAUAACGUUUGAAGAUGCUAUUAAAAGUAAAGCUGACAAAGUUGAACUCGAAGCAAUGAACAAAGUUUUGAAAUCUCAUAAACACAAUAUCUCCGAUAUAAAUGAACUUCAAGCUACAUUAGACAGUAAAGCCGACAAGAACCAUACACAUAAAUCCUUCACUACUGUUAGAGCAGACGACAUAAUAUUGAACUAUGAUUUGGGUUCAAGUGCACCUUUAGAGAAUCCAAGUACAAGCGUAAAAGAUACACUAAACUCCUUAAAUAGUAAAUGUAUGAACAUUGAAGGUCAUGUGAGAAACUUUGAAACACAUGAACUACCAGCAAUGUUAGAUAAAAAAGCAGAUAAAGAACAUACACAUAAAUCCUUCACUACUGUUAGAGCAGACGACAUAAUAUUGAACUAUGAUUUGGGUUCAAGUGCACCUUUAGAGAAUCCAAGUACAAGCGUAAAAGAUACACUAAACUCCUUAAAUAGUAAAUGUAUGAACAUUGAAGGUCAUGUGAGAAACUUUGAAACACAUGAACUACCAGCAAUGUUAGAUAAAAAAGCAGAUAAAGAACAUACACAUAAAUCCUUCACUACUGUUAGAGCAGACGACAUAAUAUUGAACUAUGAUUUGGGUUCAAGUGCACCUUUAGAGAAUCCGAGUACAAGUGUAAAAGAUACUCUUAACAAUUUAGAUAACAGUUGCAGGAAUAUCGAAGGUCAUGCCAGAAACUUUGAAGCAUAUGAACUACCAGCAAUGUUAGAUAAGAAAGCAGACAAAACAGAGCUUCAAACAUUAAAGACUGAAAUACUUCAAACAUUAUAUCCU